CGCAUAUCACAUAUCACACCAACACUCUGAUCCUCACAGCUAUGAAAGAUGAUUGUUCUUAGCUAUCUACCAAGGCACCGCGGCAUAUAAGAUAAGAUGUUACGUCGAGCGUCGGACAUAUGUAUAAACCACGAGGUUGUGUGUGUUCAAAGAUAAGCAUGAUGAAACAGCCAAACAGUUUCGCCAAGACCGACAUACUGUGGAAUAUUUCCGAGUCCCCAUCAGUCGGCUCAAAAAACACUGCCACUACUGAGGCCGGCCUCAAACGACCAGAUCUCGAUCACGGCCACUCACAUCGAUUAGUUCCCCCCUGGUUCACGUUUGCAUGGGGGGGCCUUUUGCCCAACUGCUUUCUUGAGAAUGUGCCCGAAGCUAAUAAGUGUGCCCAUUGCUUACAGUGUAAAUUCCGGAUGGCGGGAUCAGGAUACAGAAUACCCCCCCCUCCCCCUCAGCCAACAGCUACACUAACGUUGAACGCGUUUUUAUUUGCUUGUCAAAGUGGGCAUCUGCAGAUGUGAUGCCGCCAUGUCGGCACGGCAGAGCGGCGGCUGUGCAGUCCCAGAGCAUUUUAUUCUAGGGUGGUUCUUAUCGAUAGGUUGGUUUUUAUAAAC